AUGGAUAUAUCCCAGAUUUCAUCUCAGCUCUCCUCAUCACCCAAAAGAUUUUCAGACUGCUGUCUAGCCAUAUCAAACACAUUCGUCACAAAUUUGAUACAUCUUCUCCCCAAAAAGCCCGCAUUCACCCUCUCAAUCGGCAGCGGAUCCGGCCUCUUGGAAGCCCUACUCACGCGAACCAAUGCAACAAUCUCAGUCGAAGGUGUUGAGGUAGCCUCGACCGUUAACCAUUACAUUGCUGAAGAAGACAUGCAUGUCACUGGCGGUGCAUGGGACCUUCAUUCGCGCGCCCAGCAGGCUGCGGCGUGGAUGUUUGUCUACCCGCGCCAACCAAGGCUCAUCACCAAGUAUAUUGAGGCAUAUGGUGAUGAAAGUAUUGAUAUGAUCGUGUGGCUUGGGCCGAAGAGUCUGGAGGAUGUUGGGCUAGCACCUUACGAGACUGCGGUUGUGGCUAGGAGAUCGACUUGA